CCUGAAAGCUCGAAAUGCAAAACCUGCUGAGCUGGGCUCCAAGCGGGACUUUCCCAUCACCUCCAGGGACCAAAAGAAAGCAGCCAGUUCCGGAGCGCAACAGUGUAACUCACACAGCAAAAGUGACAAUAUUCCUGUCACUCCUCAGAAAUGUCCCAGCUCUGCGGGUUUCCACAUUCAGGAGAAUGAAGAAAGCCAUUACGAGCCACAGGACGAGUUCUACGACCAGGCCUCUCCGGACAAGAGGACCGAAGCAGAUGGCAACUCCGACCCCAACUCUGAUGGGCCUUUGGGUCCCCGAGGAUUAGCUGAAGCCACAGAGAUGUGCACUCAAGAGUGCUUGGUUUUGGGUCACUCUGAUAAUUGCUGGAUGCCUCCUGGCUUGGGCCCAUAUCAACACCCUAAAUCUCCUCUCUCAACCUUUGCACCCCAGAAAGAAUGGGUCAAGAAGGACAAGCUUGUGAAUGGGCACACCCUUACCAGAGCCUGGAAAGAAGAUAGCAACAGGAACCAGUUCAAUGACCGUAAGCAGUAUGGCUCCAAUGAAGGCCAUUUCAACAAUGGCAGCCACAUGACAGACAUUCCUCUGGCAAAUCUGAAGUCUUAUAAGCAAGCAGGAGGUACUAUUGAGAGUCCGAAGGAGCACCAACUCUAAAAAAAAAACAAAAAAAACAAAAGGCUAUAUGGGACCUAAUAACUUUAAUCUAAAUAGACAUGCUAAUACUGUGUGUGUCAGAGCUUUAUGUAUUCAAUAGAUCUCUAUAACUAUGCCCCUUUAUAGCAGGGAUAUCCAUAACUUUGUGUUAGCACCAUGGAGGAUACAAUAUUUUACAACAUAAAAAAGAAGAUAGUUCUACUAGCCACGUGAUCUUGUUUACUAGAAUUGAUUAAACUCUCCAGAGAUGAUCACUCCAUUGUGCAAAUAUCUUUUUUUUCUUUUUUUUCUUUUCUUUCUUUCUUUCUUUCUUUCUUUUUUUUUUUUUUUUAAUUGCAUUUUACUUUUGACCCUGGACUGCUGCUAUGAACAAUAGAAUAUGCAUUUGGAGAGUAAGAAAGUUCCAUGGAUUAGAGUGACUGACAAACAUAUCCAGUUAGAAAAUUGUGCUCUUUUUGUCAUUGAUUUGUGCUGGGACUGCUAUACUUGACAUUAUACUUCAAACGAAACUUAAAAAGAUUAAGCAUUAAACCUAUUGUGCUGUUAACAACGUUAGUGGAUACUUGUAAGUCAAUCAGUGUUAAAGUAUUUGUAAAUAGAAGCAAGUUAUUAUUAACAACUUUUGUGUACUUACAACGUUCACCUAAAAAAUGUUGUAGCAUAAUUCCGUGUUUUAUGGUUGCUUCUUUCCUUUUUCUUAAUUUGCCUCUUUGUCGUUAUUUUUGUUGUUUCUUUCAGUGAGGUGUUUCUGCGUUAGUAGUCUGUCUUGACACACAUUGUUCAAAGGAUCUCAAACGCUUGUGUUUAAAAAAAGCUUCUGGAAUCCUGCUUCUUUUGUGAUCGCUUAUGAUACGGGGAUUCUAUAAAAAAUAAAGAUAAAAUGAAAACCUUAUAUAAGAACAGGACUUCUGCAAAAGCUUGGAAACUCAGAACCUAUUUUCUUGACAUCCUUGUUUUCAAAGUAGGCAAAAGCAAAAUCACUUAAUCAGUAGCAUUAAGUGUGAGAGUAAUGGGAAAGUGUUAUCCUUCAGCAAGUAAUACAAUAUCCUGUGCUUGUCACUCAUACAAAACUAAUGUAUCAAAAUUAGCAUAUAUUGAAGAAAAAUUACUAUUCAAAAAUAGUUUCAACCGGGCAAGUGUGUGUCUACAACUUUGUUGAAAUGGCAGAGUUUGUGUUGAUCCUCAUAUACAAUAAUGUUGUUGUAACACAAGUGUUAGACCAUAGCCACAAAAUAUUUAAUGUGUUGUGCCUUCAUGAUGUAACAGAACAUUCUCCAGGUAGGCUAGUUGGGGGAAAUAAAGGGAUAAAUCUCUAAUUAUUGCUGUUUAACUGUUUGUUAUCAUAGUCGGUCAAUGCCUGGCAGGUACCAGCAUCUUGUCACUUAGGUCCAACCAACAGAGUGACAACAAAUGUUCAUAAGAUCUCAGUUGCACGUGCAAACAAAUCCAAAUUCGAACAUUCUUAGGAGGUUUUUGUUAAGGCAUGACAGAUGAUUUAAACAAAUAAAUAGCAUGCAACAAAAUGUCUUUAUUGAAAGAAGUGAAAGUUAUCUUAAUGCCACGGUUCAACAUCAGUUUAAAAGUAAAAAAAAAAAUAAAAUAAAAAAUAAAAAAAAAGGUUUGCUAAUCUGAUAGUUAAUUUGUUCUUACCAAAAAUAAAAUUACUUUGUAAAUAGCAAUUCACGUUUUUCCACAGUAUAAUGGAAAAUAAUGGGUAGGGGUGCAUUGCUUAUUGAAGUACAUUUUUGUCGGUUUGUGAGGGGUGUUUGAUGACUUUGACAGAAUCAAUAUCUAAACAAUUAUCCUUGUUACUGCUUUGCCAGUUCUACGUUAUUUACAAUUAUUCAGCUCUUGCAAUAAAUGUUCUGAAUUCCUGAUUGUAGUGUGUUAAUUCUUGGUCAACAUCCAAAGUGAUAAUUUCUACUCUAAUUGUUGGAUAAAUAUAUGUGGGUAAAUCAGCUCUUAAUUAGAAAUCAAGGCGGACUUUUGAGGGGUUUAAUACCUAUGUUCUGAAAAUACGAUUUCAAAGAGUUAAACUUCUGGUCUAUGAAAUCAUUUUCUAGAGAAAUUCAUGGAGAAGUUCAGUUCACUUUCUAGUCAAGAUUCAUGCAAGUUUUAUCAAACUGAAAUCCCAAGUCCAGAAAGCUGGCAGGUAGACUAGUAAAUGAGGUUAUUUUAUUGUUGGCCAAGGCAGAAGAGAACUAUUCUGGGAUUAAGGCCUUGAAACAAGGGCUAACACGUCAUCUGUAUUUCUUUCAGAUAGGAAAAUAGGCACAGAAAGCUGUCAAGGAUAAUAAGACAUACUCAUACAUAUGCCGUGUGUUUAUUUCUCCAGAGAACACCUGGAUCG